GGGAUUCCCUUCCUUCAGAAAUUGAAUGUAAAAAAAGAAUGUGAUUUUCUUUCAGCAGAACUUCCAAAUGAAUGUCCAGUUAAUCCUUCUUGGAUAUCUUAUGGAAAUAGAUUGGAAAGUGCUACGACUAGAAUGAAGGGUGUUGCUUUGGAAAUUAAUAUUAAAUUUAAAGAUGGAUUUUCUUCCCCUUUACAUACAGGAAAAAUAACUAAUGAAAAUCCUUUGGGUAAAAUAUCAAUAGAAGUUUCUCUUCAAUGUAAAGGAAAAUGUCAAUUUUAUAUUGUUCAGAAAAUAGAAAAAGAAAAUUCCCAACAAUUUAUUUUUCCUGAAAAAGAAGAAAAUCUUCAAUUAUUAAAAAUGUUAACUGGAAGUUUUACAAAUAAUUUACUUGUAUUACCAAUUUUAAAUUCUUUUCCAAUUCAUUUAUUAAUUGCUUUUACGAGAACUAAUGCAAUUUGGAAGUGCUGCUUUUGA